AGUACAAGAGGUCACGCCAUGAGAUCAAGAAGAAGUCAUCUGACACCAUGAAACUGCAGAAGAAAGCUCGYAAAGAGAUGCAGGGGCGAGGGGAUCUGCAGCCCCAGCUGGACAGCGCCAUGCAGGAUGUGACUGACAUGUGCCUGCUGAUGGAGGAGAUGGAGAAGCAAGCAGUGCGCCGGGCUCUGGUGGAGGAGAGGGGACGUUUUUGCACCUUCAUCGGCUUCCUUCAGCCUGUCGUGAACGGAGAGAUUGCAAUGCUGGGUGAGAUCACACACCUGCAGGCUAUCAUCGAUGACCUCACUGUGCUGACAACAGAUCCUCACAAACUGCCCCCUGCCAGUGAACAGCAGUGUCAACAGCGCCCACAGUAGUGCCUCACGCUCAUCGGGGGGAGGUGUGGGUAUUGGUGGUAGCGGAGGAGGCUCCCAGCCACACUCACCCACCUCCUCCUCCUCCUCCUAUCGCUACCGCAGCAGCAUCCCGCAGCAGCCUCCGCCACCGGGGGGCAUCGCCGCCCACCGCCUCAGCAGCGUCUCCUCCCACGAUUCAGGAUUCGUGUCCCAGGAUGCCAACAUCUACUCCAAGCCUCCCUCGCCGAUGCCCUCGGACAUCACAAGUCAGAAAUCUUCCAGCUCAGCGUCAUCAGAGGCCUCAGAAACAUGUCAGUCAGUCAGUGAAUGCAGCUCCCCCACCACUUUUGGCUCGUCCUUCGCUACCUUCCGCCCUGCUUUUUCUCACUCUGGUUCCACCAGGCCUCUUUCUGUCAUUCUCCCUGUUCCUGCGUCCCCACCCUAUAACCGCACCCCUGGAUCCAGCUCUUCCUCUCCCACAUCAAAGGUUCCCAUGUGGAAGGAUUGGUCCAAAGCAGGUCAGUAUGAACAGCCAGUGGCUGCAGCACCGGUUCAGAGGAGAAAGGACACUUCUGACAGGCUGAGGGAGAACGAGGGCUCACCAGGUUCCCAGGGAUAUGCUGGAGCACCACACCCUGAUGAUGGGCAAAGACCCAGGAUGACACCAGCUACAAUUGCUGCCAAGCAUGGCGAGGAGGUAUCUCCUGCAGCCAGUGACCUUGCUAUGGUUUUGACCAGGGGACUGAGUAUGGAGCAGCAAAAAACCAGCAGAGACUCCCUGCAGUACUCCAGCGGAUAUAGCACAGAGACAACAACCCCGUCCUGCUCUGAGGACACGAUUCCUUCACAAGGUUCAGACUAUGACUGCUACUCUGUGAACGGUGACACCGAAGGCCCAGAUGGACAGGCCGAGUUUGACAAGUCCUCUACAAUUCCUCGCCACUCCAACAUCGCCCAGAACUACAGGCGCAUGAUCCAGACCAAAAGGCCAGCUAGUACAGCUGGCCUGCCCAGUGGGGUUCUUGGUCCGGGGACUCAUGGGAUACCAGGACAACCAGGCAUAAGUGGUGGAGGAGGAGCAGGGACUCCAGGCACUGCCACCAUUCGCCGAACCCCUUCGACAAAACCAGGAGUGAGGCGCACUUUGUCCAGCGCGGGGCCUAUUCCCAUCCGACCACCCAUCGUGCCUGUCAAAACCCCCACCGUUCCCGCAGACUCGCAUUCACCUGGCACGGGCGGGUGCGCAGGAGGAGGCCAAGGUGGAGUGCCUGUCCGCGUGGGAAGCGAAGAGUGCGUAUUCUUCACUGGAGCCGAGGAUGCGCCAGGAGGGCUCGAGUAUGUGAAGGCAUCACCAAAGCGCCUCAGUCUGCCCAACACCGCCUGGGGCUCAGGGGCGGCGUUAGAGGUCUACGCCCAGCAGCACGGGGGCCUUGCAAUGGCAUCGGGCUCGGCAGCGAGAUCAGAGGAAGACCAGAUGAUUGCAGCAAAUCGGCACAGCUUAGUGGAGAAGAUCGGCGAGUUGGUGGCCAGUGCACACGCUCUUGGCGAAGGGCAGUUUCCUUUCCCUGCCCUCCCAGACGACCCGGCCCCGACACCGACUGUUCCCAGUGACACUCAGACAGGAACAGAGGGCACAGAAGGGUCUGGCGACAUGCUGACCACCAUUAGGAGAGGUGUUCGCCUUCGCAAAACGGUCUCUAAUGACCGCUCAGCUCCACGUAUAUUGUGAUUCGAAAAAAACAAAUAAAUAACAGGAUGGUUGUCAGCUGUUGGGGGUUAGGGGUUAGUGUGGUGUAACCCAACCACCAAGGACAUUCUCAAAAAUAUAACCAUGUUGAGAAAGCUAUAGUAUGAAAUCAGUCAAGUAAAAACAAAAACAUAGACAAAAUAUGCUUCAAGACACAUUUAGAGUAAAUAAUAUAUAAAAUAAUAACAUUAAUGAUGUUAACCGAUGCUGAUAAUUAAAAUGAAAUACUUAAUGAUAGGCUUCUAGCAGGCCAUAAUAACUAGUGUGUGUUGGACGCAUGUUUGUCUUCUAUACACCCUCACCCAGGGAUGGAAAGACUCACAAGAAAAAAAAA